CCACUAGUCACAAAGUAGUGAUAAAAUCCCAUAUCUCUCUCUCUUUUUUUUUCAUUUCCAGUUUCCACCGAACCCAUUUUCUUUGGCCCAAUUAAAAGACUAUUUCUUUAAUGGGGAGCCUCACGGACGAUGAAAAUCAGGAUCUGAACCAAACCCUUUUACCACAAAUAUCGCCGAAACAUGAAGAUACUGGUAUUAAAGACGACGAACACAACGACGACUUGAUUUCAAGGGUCUGGAUUGAAUCCAAGAAGCUAUGGAUCAUUGUGGGUCCCGCUAUCUUCAGCCGUGUGGCUUCCUUCACCAUGAACGUCAUAACUCAAGCCUUCGCCGGCCACCUUGGAGACGUCCAACUCGCCGCCAUUUCCAUUGCUAACACUGUAAUCGUCGGAUUCAAUUUUGGCCUUCUCUUAGGUAUGGCAAGUGCAUUAGAGACCCUUUGCGGACAAGCAUUUGGGGCUAAAAAAUACAACAUGUUGGGAGUCUAUAUGCAAAGAUCGUGGAUUGUGCUGUUUCUGUGUUGUUUCUUGAUGUUGCCAUUCUACGUCUUCGCGACGCCGCUGCUGAAGCUUCUGGGUCAGCCGGAGGAUGUGGCGGAGCAGUCGGGGGUGGUGGCGGUUUGGAUGAUACCGUUGCAUUUCAGCUUCGCGUUUCAGUUCCCGCUGCAGAGGUUCUUGCAGAGCCAGCUGAAGGCCUCGGUGAUUGCUUGGGUUUCUUUGGCGGGUUUGGUGGUUAAUGCAGUUACUAGUUGGCUUUUUGUGUAUGUUUUUGAUUUUGGAUUGAUUGGUGCUGCGAUUGCUUUGGAUAUUUCCUGGUGGGUUUUGGUAUUUGGGUUGUUUGGAUACACUGUUUUGGGUGGCUGCCCUCAUACUUGGUCAGGAUUUUCCAUGGAAGCAUUUUCACAGCUUUGGGAAUUUGUUAAACUCUCUGCAGCUUCUGGGGUCAUGCUUUGCUUGGAGAAUUGGUAUUAUAGAAUAUUGAUUUUGAUGACUGGGUUUUUGAAGAAUGCUACUCUUGCUGUGGAUGCUUUGUCAGUCUGCAUGACUAUAAAUGGUUGGGAGAUGAUGAUUCCUCUUGCAUUCUUUGCCGGUGCCGGAGUAAGGGUAGCGAAUGAGCUGGGAGCUGGAAACGGUAAAGGAGCAAAAUUUGCUACUAUAGUCUCGGUGGCGGAAUCAACUGUGAUCGGACUCAUCUUCUGCACUCUCAUCAUGAUUUUUCACAACAAGAUCGCCUUCAUUUUCUCCUCCAGCACCGACGUACUCGGUGCUGUUGAUAAACUUGCUUUUCUAUUGGCCAUCACUAUUCUCCUUAACAGUGUUCAACCUGUUUUAUCAGGAGUUGCUGUUGGAUCAGGAUGGCAAGGAUUAGUUGCGUACAUAAACAUAGGCUGCUAUUACGUUAUUGGGCUCCCACUUGGAAUCGCAAUGGGCUGGCUCUUCCACUUUGGUGUUUCGGGUGUCUGGGGUGGGAUGAUCUUUGGUGGGACCGCAACUCAGACAGUGAUAUUGGCCAUCAUAACAGUGCGAUGCAAUUGGGACAAAGAGGCGGAGAUUGCAAGCAUGCGUGUAAACAAGUGGUCCAACGACAACUAAUUAAAGAGUGCAAAUAGCAGAGGAUCAGCUUCAUCCAGGAGAUAUGGUAUAAUUUUUACCAUCCCAGCUUCGAAGUCAAAUUUUUUUUAUUUUAUUUUAUUAUUAAACAACGUUGGAAUUGGAUGAGUUUAGAAGCAGCUGAAAUCAGCAAACAUUACAAAAUUCUGUAGAAAAAUAGGAACAAUUGUUUUGACCGACAUUAUUGUUUUUGGCUGAUAUUUAUUAUUUCUCCGGUACUGUUGAUUGUCUAA